AUGGCUGGCUUUAGAGCACAAUUUGAGAACGAGCUCCGACAAAGACUGAGCCAAAAAUCAACAGCGCACGUAUCAGAAGAAACAAUUCUUCUCAGAGCCUUCAAGUACUUUGACUUAGACAACACCGAAACAGUUGAUUUCUCUGAGUUCUGCAAAGCUUUAGAGAAGGUCGGAAUGGUUGUGAACCCAGACCAAGUCCAACAGCUCUUCACGUUCUACGACACUGACGGUUCAGGCGCAUUGGACUAUAAAGAAUUCACUGCUGUCAUUUUCGAGCAAGACACCUCAGCUAAGAAAUCCCCUUCAAAAGGCAUUUCCUCAAGCCAAAUCAGAGAAGGUGAAGAAGCUCUCGAAAAGCUUCGACAGAAAUUGGCAUCAAGAGGAGGGAGAGGAAUCAUUGGGCUCGCCAGACAAUUCAAGAUCAUCGACGACGACAACUCAAAGAGCUUGGACUUGCAAGAAUUCACCAAAGGAAUCAGAGACUUCAGAGUCGAAAUUUCUCAAGGAGAUAUUCAGGCACUUUUCAAUUUAGUUGAUAGGGAUAGAUCUGGACUAAUCGAUUAUGAUGAGUUCUUAAAUCUCCCCAUUAAAAUGUUAAUCAAUUCACUGUUUAAAUCACUUUCUACUUACACUUUUUCCAUUAAAUUAGGUCAAAAUUCAUUUAAAAAUAAAUUGAAAAAAAAACUUUGAAUUUCAUGAAGAUUUAAUGUAUCCAGAGUCAAAAAUAUUUAAAUAACAUUCUACUACACUUUUUACAUUAAACUAGGUCAAAACAGUUUUCUUCUAUAAAAAUUGCCUAAUGAAAAAAAAAUUGUUCCAAUCUAAGGUUAAAGUCCCAAAAAAAGAAUUUUACUCCCCCCCAUCCUUGAUCGAACGACUCGCCAUCGUUCGAUCAAGGAUGGGGGUUAAAAAAAAAUUUUUUGGGAAAAAAAAUUUAUAUAUAAAAAUAAAAUAUUUUUUUAUUUUACUUUUAAAUAAGAGGGUUAAAGUAUUUAAUAAUUAUUUUUACAGCAAAAAAUUGAAUUAUUUUCAUAAAAUACCAAUUUUUAAUAUUUGAUUUAUUAGUUACCCUUUUAAACUGUAUAAAUUUAAUUUGUUCCUUAUUGAAUUAAAUUUUUUUUUUUUAAAAUUUUAAAGAAUCUCUAUUUUUUAAAUUAUUGAGUUUUUAAGCCUAGGUUGAUGACUAAAUCAUUUCGGAUGGUUUGUUUUGUAGCUUUCUGUCGUCUCAAAGCUCUGAAAACAACUUCAUUAGGUGCAUCUUCCCAAAGCUUUUGAUAACUAAUAUAUUUUUAUAUAUUUAAAAUUUUGCAUGAUUUGAAAAUCGUUCGAUCAAGGAUGGGGGUUAAUUUCCCCAAUUUUUAGGAAUUUUUACAGUCAAUCGCUCGAUCAAGGAUGGGGGGGAGUUAGCAAUAUGUUUUUCCCAUUUUAAAAGGGAGUAAGAGCAGUCGCUGGCCCUAUGAAUGCUUUCCGCAAGGCUUUGGUCACUCAAGCUUUCAAUAAGCUUGACAGAGACAACUCAGGCAUUUUAGAUAUUGAAGAUAUCAGAAACGUGUAUAAUGCUAAAGGACAUCCUGAUGUAAGAAGUGGCAGGAAGACUGAAGAAGCAGUCUUAGGAGAGUUUUUAGAGACCUUUGAAAUGCACCACAAUAUUGGUGGAGCCAGAGACCAAAGAGUAACUAGAGAGGAAUUUGAAGAGUACUACAACAAUAUUUCCUGCAGCAUUGAUAAUGACCAGUACUUCGAGCUUAUGAUGAACAAUACCUGGAAGCUCAGUGAAGCGCCAGCUUAUGCCAAAAAUAAAGCUUGGAGAGGUGAAGAAUCAGGAAGGAGACCUGCUUCUAAAGGAGGACGUGAGCCAGAAAGAGCUCCUGAACGUGUCCCUGAAAGAGAAAGCAGAGGAAGCGCUCCUAGCAGUGGACUUACCAAAACAGGUGAAGCCUUAUGUGAGAAAUUCAGAGAAAGACUGGCUGCAAGAGGUACCAGAGGAAUCAUUGGAAUCCAAAGACAGUUCAAGAUUAUGGACGAUGACGGCAGCAAAAACAUUUCAGUCGACGAGUUCAAAAAGGCUUGCCACGAUUUCAGAGUUGAUAUUGAAGAUAGAGAUAUUGAAAGACUAUUCCAAGCUUUAGAUAGGGACAGAAGCGGAACUAUUGACUAUGACGAGCUUAUCAGAGCUGUCAGAGGGCCAAUGAAUAAUGCUAGGAAAGCUUUAGUUAGUAAAGCCUGGGACAAACUUGAUAGGGAUGGAAGCGGAAUUAUUGAUAUCAAUGAUGUCAGAGGAGUCUAUGAUGCUAGAGGACACCCAGAUGUAAGAGCAGGAAAGAAGACUGAAGACGAAAUCCUUGGAGAGUUCUUAGAAACCUUUGAAACCCACCACAAUAUCAGCGAUCUUUCACAAAGAGACAGAAGAGUCACUAAAGAAGAAUUCGAAGAGUAUUACAACAACGUAUCAGCCAGCAUUGAUGAUGACAGAUAUUUCGAUCUUAUGAUGACUAAUGCCUGGAAAUUAGGCGCUCAAGCACCAAAAAGAGAAGCUUGGGCUGGAGAAGUCGGAGGAAGAGGUGCAAGAAACCAACCUCCUUCAAGAGGUGGAGAAGUCCAAUCUGCAGGACAAGUCAAUAAAAGAGACCCAGCAGCCAAAACCCCUUGGGGAACUUCAGCUGAACCUAUAGAUUACAGCACCAGCAAUAGACCUGCCAGCAGACAAGCAGAACCUGCCUCCUCAGGCAGACCUACUGCAGGUGGCCCAGUUGAAGGACUUUUGACAGCUCUGAAAGAAAGACUUGCCUCCAGAGGUGCAAGAGGAUUCAUUGGUCUCUCCAGAAGCUUCAAAAUCAUGGAUGACGAUGGUUCAAAGAGUUUAGACUUGCAAGAAUUCUCCAAAGCUAUGAGAGAUUUCAGAGUCGACAUCAACGAGUCAGACACCAGAAGACUUUUCAAUUUUAUGGACGCUGAUCGCAGUGGAACCAUUGAUUAUGAAGAAUUCAUGCAUAGACUGAGAGGAGAACUCAACCAAUUCAGAAGACAACUCAUCUCUAUGGCUUUCAGCAAGCUUGAUAAGAAUGGAAACGGAAUUGUGGAGAUCGAUGAUAUUAAAGGUGUUUACAACGCGUCAAGACAUCCAGAUGUCAUUUCAGGCAAGAAAACUGAGGACGAUAUUUUAUGUGAGUUCUUAGAUACCUUUGAAACCCAUCAUGCCGUCUAUAAAGAAAACACUAGGGACUUUAAAGUUACCAUGGACGAGUUUUUGGAAUACUAUUCUCAUGUCUCUGCUUCUAUUGAUGAUGAUAGAUAUUUCGAACUCAUGAUGAAGAACAGCUGGAACUUCGAAGGCAAAACUUACCAAAAGGGUUGGGGAUCUGAUAUGACUUCGCCAGCCAAGAGAGUCAGAUAA